UAAUUUUAAUUUGAUCAUUUUUACAGAGUGAAUAAGUUUGAUUAACUUGGUAUCUGGCUGUCCUGACUCCUGUCCACCGAAAUUCUUCUUCUAUAUAUAGUUAUCACUAAAAUAUGGCCUACGGAAACGAAAAUAGGUCUGGAGGAUACGGUGGCGGUAGAUCCUAUGGUGGAGGGAGGGGAAGGGGAUCUAGUGGAGGAUAUAGCGGAAGCCAAGGGGGUCGUGGUGGAGGUGGUUAUGGUGGAGGAGGAUAUGGCGAAGGAGGUUAUGGUGGAGGUGGAGGAGGAUACGGUGGCCGAGGAGGAUAUAGUGGUGGGGGUGGAGCUAGCAGAUAUGGGGGAGACUCUGGAAGAGGAGGAAAAUUUGAAAAUCCUGGACAAAACUUGAGGGCCGUAAACUGGGGUAGUCAUACUCUCUCUACACUAAAAAAAGACUUCUACACACCCUCUUCAAGUGUUACCAACAGGUCUGCUGCAGAUGUAACCAAGUAUAGAAUUGAAAAGGAAAUCACAAUAGUGCAAGGAGCAGAACAUGUCGGGAAUCCAAUUAUUAGCUUUCUAGAGGGUGGUUUCCCAGAAUACCUUCUGCAAACCUUUGAAAAGGAAAAGUAUACAGAACCAACUCCCAUUCAAGCCCAAGGAUGGCCAAUUGCUCUUUCAGGUCGUGAUCUGGUCGCAAUCGCGAAAACUGGAUCCGGAAAGACUCUAGGUUAUCUUCUUCCAGGAAUAAUUCACACAAUGAAUCAGGGAUAUCUGGAGAGAGGAGAUGGACCUAUUGUCCUGGUAUUAGCGCCUACUAGAGAGCUUGCCCAACAGAUACAGGCUCAGGCAGUUAAAUUCGGGGAAGCAUGUAAGCUUAGAACAGCCUGUCUUUUUGGCGGAGCUCCUAAGGGCCGACAGAUUGGAGACCUGGAGCGCGGUGCUGAAAUUUGUGUUGCUACUCCUGGGAGACUUAUAGAUAUCCUUGAGAUGGGAAAAACUAAUUUCCGACGUUGCUCUUAUGUAAUUCUGGAUGAAGCUGAUCGUAUGCUGGAUAUGGGGUUCGAACCCCAGAUCAGAAAGAUUCUCGGUCAGAUUCGGCCUGACCGACAGAUGCUAAUGUGGUCUGCUACUUGGCCCAAGGAGGUGAAAAAGCUGGCUACAGAUUUUAUGGGAGGAAACAAGUUCAUACAUCUGAACAUAGGAUCCGAGUUCCUCUCCGCCAAUCAUAAUAUUUUACAGAUAGUCGAUGUUUGCCAGGAGUGGCAGAAGGAGGAUAAACUCGGCCGGUUACUUGAAGAAAUGGCUAGUGAUUCUAGAGCUAAGGUUCUUGUUUUCGCUGAAACCAAGAAGAAGUGUGAUGAGCUAACCAGAACCAUGAGAAAGAACGGCUACCCGGCGAUGUGCAUUCACGGAGAUAAGAAACAGGAAGAGAGAGACUGGGUUCUGGGAGAGUUUAGAUCCGGGAGAACACAAAUUCUAGUCGCAACUGAUGUCGCUGCCCGAGGCUUAGAUGUGGAUGAUAUAAAAUUUGUGGUUAACUACGACUACCCGAUGCAGGACGAAGACUAUAUUCACAGGAUUGGAAGAACUGGCAGACGGGAUAAAAGUGGAACUGCGUACACAUUCUUCACUGAAAAAAAUCAGAAGAGCGCGUCCCAACUUGUUCAAAUCCUGCAGGAAGCAAAACAGGUUGUGAAUCCUCAGCUGAUGGAGCUGGAGAUUAUGUCCAAGAUGUUCCAAGGCAAAUCCUUUGGUGGUGGUAGGAAAGGAGGAAGAUGGUAAAGUUUGAAGGCAGCUGGAUAAUUUGUUAAUAAGAAUCAAAUAGAUCUGAUUCUAGGAAAUUUUUAGUGUAUUGUUUUCACCCAUAACAUCGGUUUAAAUCUUUUAUGUUGUUAUUAAUACUUUAUCAACAUUGCAUUUAAAACGAACAUAUUGAAUAUUUUGAAUCCAGUUUUGUUUUGACUUUGAUUUUUUAAGAUAUAAAUAAAGCACAGUUACUCUACUA